AUACCGUACUUAUUACUAAGCAUGGUUAAAAAUUUGCUUUUUGUUGCCUUUCUUCUACUCUCCGUGAGAUACAUUUGUCCGCAGAUUCCUGAACAAUCCGGCUCCGAACUACCAGUUCUCGGACUUUUGGGUGCCGUGGGGGUUAUCGCCAGCGUACCAUCUGCAGCUCUUUCAGUUGGAGUACAAAGACUAAGGUCAGAAAUAAGGGACUGUGAAAAUGAAAAGGAAAAGCUGGGGUCAGAAGUUUGCAGUAUGGCCUUGGCUCAAAAACGGACAGAACUGGAGGAAGCAAAGGCGGAUCUGGAGGAAUGCAGGGGUGGCUAUGACAAUUUUUAUGAGUUUCUCGAUAAUUUGUGUGAUGUAUAUAGAUUCAAAGAGUGUGAUUGUUCCUCGAUAAACUCUGAAGCUGAGUGUAACAGUACGGGGUAUUGUGAAUGGGGUGACUGUGAGACCUGUGACUGAGGGAGAUGUUAUUGUAUAGACUACAAGCGCAUUUUAUAUUUUUAUGCUGCUUAAAUGAAGUAAGAUGCAGAAUGCGAUUCAAUGCGUAUAUAUAGAUACACGUACUAAACAUAUAAAAAAUAGUACAGAUACACCAAACAUACAAUAAUUUAAUUUCAAACAAUUUUGUGCAUGAUGAAGUGAAAGUUCAAAGUGCA